CUUCAAGAAGUGCUUUCUUAACUCAAUACCUCAACUCAAGAAUCGUAAGAUACACACUACAAACAUGUCUGAUUCUAAACUCACACCUACUCAGCUCUUCCAAGACUUUUUGGGAGAUUUCUAUUCAAGAAGACUGCUCUAUCACAACCCUCUUAACCAAGCACCAGCUACAGCAUCUCCUCCAGUCCCUGGAUAUAGCCAUGAGUCAUCAGAAAGCUACCCUGUUGACAACAGCUUUGAUACAAAUGUUAUUAUGGUCCUCUCUGUUCUUUUAUGUGCCUUGAUUUGCUCCCUUGGCUUUAAUUCUAUCAUUAGGUAUGCCUUGAGGUGCUCAAGGUUAGUAGCUUCUGAUUCAGGUGGACACUCCGCAGCUAGGACAGCCAAUACUGGGGUCAGGAAAAAGGCCCUCAAGACUUUCCCAACAGUUAGUUACUCAGCAGAGCUGAACCUGCCAGGAUUGGACACCGAGUGUGUGAUAUGCCUAUCAGAUUUCACACCCGGUGAGCGUGUUCGCCUUCUACCAAAGUGCCACCAUGGAUUCCAUGUCCGGUGCAUCGACAAGUGGCUAAGCUCACACUCAUCAUGCCCAAAAUGCAGGCACUUCCUGAUUGAGACCUGCGAAAAGAUCGUCGGCUGCAGCCAGGCUAGCUCAUCAGAACCACCUCCACCAGUGCAUGAAAGCACUGUAAGCAUUACACCACUGGAACCGGAAGGUUUGAUAUGUAAUUAUAGGGGACUUACAUAGGUAUAUACUUUGUAUGAUAUGGUAGAUGUAGUUUAGCCUUGUGCCUAAAAGGCCUUUUUAAGGUCACAAACCCAACCGCAAGAAGUGCAGUGCAUAUUGGAUAAAUAAAUGAACCACGAACGUGAAUGGGUUCCGUCAUUAGCUCAGCAAAGUCAAUAAAGCUAGGAGCAAGUCCAACAAGUAGCUAACUAUAGGAUUCUGAGAAGGCAAAUCACUUACAGACCUCAGAGUCGUUGAGGGAGCGGCCAUUCAGCUGAGUCACAAACCAGAGUAUUUUCCCUUCUUUUAAUUUUUUUAUUGAAAGUAGAAAACACUAAUUUUUUAAAAUAGUGCCUUUUGCACUGACUUGCAUAAUAAUAUUAAUAAUGGUAUAUACCAUAUGGUAAAGGGCAUUGCAAUUAUACAACAAUAACACCUUAGAAUAGUUUUUGUCAAUGACGUGUUUGGAUAUCCCAGGAAGACAAAAUCCUUACAUUUUUUUUUUUCUUCGGAUCAUCUUCAAGGCAAUAAUUUAAUUCCCUACAAGACAAGUCUAGAAUAAUGCUAUUUCAAGCAAUUAUGAGGAUAGAACCUACACAUGCAGCCAUAUAGUCUCAAAGUUCAUCGUGGUGUGAAAAGGAAAUGUGCUAAUAUCAAAUUUCAUCCAAACACAAUGGAAUAAGUUCCGGGAAAAAUCCAAAUUUUCCUAUAUAUU